AGUGAGACUCGAGCAGAGGGAGGAGGAGGAGGACGAGGCGAGUGAGACUCGAGCAGAGGGAGGAGGAGGAGGACGAGUCUCGUGAAGGAAGAAUAGGAUCGUCCCUCCUCUCCGCGUGGUGCACGUUGGGGGGGGGGGGGGCACCAUGUCCCUACUGCCGUCGUUCGGCUUCACGCAGGAGCAGGUGGCGUGCGUGUGCGAGGUGCUGCAGCAGGGAGGCAACAUCGAGCGCCUGGGCCGCUUCCUGUGGUCGCUGCCCGCGUGCGAGCACCUCCACAAGAACGAGAGCGUGCUCAAGGCGAAGGCCGUGGUGGCCUUCCACCGGGGCAACUUCCGCGAGCUCUACAAGACGCUGGAGAGCCACCAGUUCUCGGCGCACAACCACCCCAAGCUGCAGCAGCUGUGGCUCAAGGCGCACUACACGGAGGCGGAGAAGCUGCGCGGGAGACCCCUGGGCGCCGUGGGCAAGUACCGGGUGCGGCGCAAGUUCCCGCUGCCGAGGACCAUCUGGGACGGCGAGGAGACGAGCUACUGCUUCAAGGAGAAGUCUCGGGGCGUGCUGCGCGAGUGGUACGCGCACAACCCGUACCCGUCCCCGCGCGAGAAGCGGGAGCUGGCCGAGGCCACGGGGCUGACCACGACGCAGGUCAGCAACUGGUUCAAGAACCGGCGACAGCGAGACCGCGCCGCGGAGGCCAAGGACAGAGAGAACAGCGAGAACGCGCACCACCACCACUCCAACGCGGGAGGGGGCACGGGCGGCGCUGGGGGGCUGGUGCUCUCCCCCCUCCACGGGGGCCGCGGCCUCCUGAGCUCGGACGAGGAGAGGAGCCCGGCCCCCUCCCCCGCGCACUCCACCCCCAACGACACCCCGCCCCGCCUCCUGGGACAUCACCCCGCAGCAGCAGCAGCAGCAGCAGGGCACGGCGAGCACCACCAACAUCAUCACCAUCAGCAGCAGCAGCAACAGCAUCAUCAGCAUCAUCAUCAUCAGCAGCAGCAGCAGCAGCAUCACGCCAGCGCGUACCAGCAGCAGUACGUGGGGGGCACUCUGAUGCCUCUCCCCGUCUUGGUCUCUAACUCUGCGGGGGGCGCCCUGCCCGGGCCGGGCUCCCUGCAGCAGCAGCAGCAGCAGCACGCCCUGCAGGACUCCUCACUGCUGCAGCCGCUCUCCUCCAGCCUUGUCAACAUCGGGUAGCGAGCUGGGGGUGCGGCGGGGCGAGGGGGGCUACGGGGGAAGGGGGCGUACCCCCCCCCGCCCCCCUCUUCCUCCUCCCCUGCUCAGUUGGGUGAAACACUGCGGGGAGUGGGGGUCCCAGGAACGGAGUCAGGGAAGCGGGGAGUCCCGGCCCCGCUGGGGUCAAGACGCAACCCCCCCCCCCCGCUACCCUCCCCCCUUGCACAGAGGACCCCCCACCCCGUCCUUCGUCCCCAUAUUUCACCACCCCUGGGCCCCAAGGCGCGGCUCGCGCCCGCUCGGCUCAGCAGCAAGCAGAGACGGGGGGGGGGGGGGGGCGUCCGCAUCGACCCUGAACUUCAACCCGAACCUCACCACAACUUUACCACAACCUCACCACAACUUUACCACAACCUCACCACAACUUUACCACAACCUCACCACAACUUUACCGCAACCUCACCACAACUUCACCGCAACCUCACCACAACUUUACCACAACCUCACCACAACUUUACCACAACCUCACCACAACUUUACCACAACCUCACCACAACUUUACCACAAACUCACCACAACUUUACCACAACCUCACCACAACUUUACCACAACCUCACCACAACUUUACCACAACCUCACCACAACUUUACCACAACCUCACCACAACUUUACCACAACCUCACGACAACUUUACCAUAACCUCACCACAACUUUACCACAACCUCACCACAACUUUACCACAACCUCACCACAACUUCACCCCUGGCGCGACACGCCGAGCGCUGCGGCGGGCGUGAGGUUGGCACCAAGUGAGACGCGGCAGGACUCGCGGCCGACGAUGUCACAGCCUCGCGUUUCAAUGUGCGACCGUCUGACAAGCGAAACCUCUCACGCGUACAGAACCCCGCCGCACAUCCCCCUCCCCUCUCUCCCCGGCACCCCCCCCCCCCACGUCUCCCCCAGACCCCCACCCGUCAUCCCGCUCGCUUCUCUACUGAACCCUCCCGGCGCCUCGCGAUCAUCCGCGGCUCACCCCCUUGGCUGGGAUCGCGGCAAGGCUGCGGUUCAACACCGGGCCCGUUCCGGCGUUCCGGCUCCGCGACAAUAAACGAACUCACAUCGUGAAACUACAA